UGUGACAUGGGAUACUGCUUUCAAAGUUUCAUUCUUAAAGCUUAUUCUUCAUUUACUGUCAAGCAUCAUGUCUGAGUCAGCUGAGUACAAAGCAUUCAUGGACUGUCACAGCAGUCUUCUUACUUGUGUUCAGCAGUCUCCCAAAGAUGUCUGUGAUCAAUUACUCCCUUUCGAGAUCCUAGCACCAGACGAUCUGGGAUAUCUUAAGAAUGAUACUCAUGAUAAUGGUGACAAAGCACGAAGAAUAAUGGAAUCUGUGAUGCUCCAGAUAAAAAACAAUCCACUGGUUUUUAAUUCAUUGGUUAGUGCUCUUGAAAAAGCUGGUAGUUUUACGAAGGCUGUAGUGCAAAAACUCCAUGAUGCGUUCCAGAGACAAAAUCAACAGUGCGAUCAAACUCAAAGAAUGGAAGAGAGAGCAGAUAACAAAGGUCAGGCAGGUGAAGAGUUACAACCAAGAUCUGCCAGUACAAGCUCAUCUGGAUUUGAAUCACUCACGGCUUCUGAUUCUAAUACAGAUCGGAAAUUCUUUAACUUCCAAUGCGGCUGUGGAAAGUGUACUAUUUUGGGUCAUGUCAAGGGCAGAGAUAAGUGUUUAAGCUCCAAGCCACCUCAAAUUAAAACAUACACUCGUGAUACUCCUUAUAGCGGUACAGUAUCAGCCACGGAAAUCUCAUAUAGUAUGUUCAUGACGGCCCUACAUAAAGAAACACGAUACAUUCAUUCGAAGUUUUGUAGCUUACUCACAGACACAAUUACAAAUCUGGAAGCAAAGUAUGAUAUUACUAAAGUAUUGCAGUACGUCAAGGCGCUUUUAACACCAACAGAAUCGUAUUACAAGCCAAUUUAUCUUAGACCUUCUGAAGAGAUUCAGUUCCCUGAUGUUACCAGCUUUAGCAAAUUAUCUGACUUCCUACAGAAUAAUUUCUGCUCUUGGUUCAAUUAUUCACUCAUUUCCGCAAUACGAGAAAAAUUUCUUUUCCCAAAUUGUAAUGAUGACGAAGAUUUACAGAGUUAUGAGCGUUUCUUUCAGCAAUAUGUUAAUCGACGAUGUUUCUUAUUUGUUGAUGACUUUGGCCCUGAACCGUCUCACAUUGAAUCAAUGGAGAUAACAUGUAAGAUCGAUGUUGACUUUGAUGCAAUCUCCUACGAUCAAAUUCAAGAAUUGAAGUUAGUAUUUAUAGAAUGCUGGGAACAACUACUACCACAUCAAGUUCUAAAUUUGAAGAAUGUUCGAGAAGGCUGUACAGAGCUGGUGUUUCGAGUUCCAGCAUGUUUUAAGCAUGUUUACGGCCAGUUGAGUCUUAAACAGAUGCAGCACCUGAAAGAAAAAAGAUUCAUUGAGGUCAAAAUUGGUCAACAAACACUACUAAAGGCAGAAGCUAACUCGAUCUCCCCAGCAGAUGCUUAUCCAGGCACUGCUUCAAUGCUCAGUGAACCUAUGGCGAACAAGCUACUAAAAGUAUUCGGCCAAGAUGGUGGUGACCAAACUUCUGCCUUAGCCUUACUGAUAGGGCUUGAUCCGACAGUUGAUGUCAGUUCAAUCAGGGAUAGUGAUGGAAUGACCCUCCUCCAUCUUUCCUGUCGCUGGGACUGGUCAAAGUGGGGACUCUUAGUCACCCAAUUGGUCAAAACACACCACCAUAAUGUCUCAGUUGUGAAUGAGGAUGGAGACACACCUCUUCACAUAGCUGCUCGAUUCAACAACAAAGGAGCUGCCAAAUAUCUUCUUGAGCUCAGUGAUGUCAAUGCUAGAAAUAACGCUGGAUUAACUUCCUUUGACAUUGCAGAUCAAAAGCAGCAUCAAGAAGUUUUGAGAGUGCUGGUCGAGUGCAAUGCCAACAUCCCAAUAAUAAGCGCUCCAAUAAUCAGCACUCACGACGUUUCUCUGUCAGAUGAACCCAUACACGGAACAAGCAGUGACUCAGAUGCAUUGCCAAUGUCACCCUGUGCAGAUGAAUCCACCAGCCCUCAAGGGGACGAUUUGAAUUCAGUAUCUGAUGUAUCUUCUACAAAGGAAGAUCUCUCAUCAAUAUCCACAUUAUCACAUCAAAGUCGUGCUGAAAGGUAUGGCAGUACCAUAAGAUCAAGAAAUCUUCGGAGUGUUGUUUCAGAGUCCAGUCAACAUUAUACACCACCUCCUGUUUUAAAGUCCGAAGUUGAUGAUGAUGAUGAUGAUGGGGUAUAUGAAUCUGAUUCCGAUAAUCCACCGGGAUACAGUGAAAGUACCAGGCUACCUACAAUUCCAAGUUACUCAGAAUCUAAUGAAAAUGGUCCUCCCAGAUACAAUUUACCAGAUAUUCGUCCUCCCGCAUAUAGCAACCAGCAGCCUCCUCCCUCACAACAAGAUUCAGAAGCUAUUAACGAUCUCCACACACAACCUGAUGAUUCAGACUCCCAAAACAACCUUAUAAUUAAUGAUUCUCAACCUCAUGAAGAACAUCAGAAUACCGUAUCCUCAACAACAAAAUCCCUGUGUACCGGAUUCCUCAGUUUUGUUGACAAUCAUUGGGGGAAGGUGAUUUACAAGAUGUAUAGAUGUAACCGUACCGUCUCUGAAGAAAGCUCUCAAAGAUUUUCUAGACUUUACUUCUUUACGGGGAUUCUCGCCUUUGCAGCAGUUUUUGUUUUCCUUAUGUAUAUCACAACAAAUCCCCCGGUGUAUGAAGGCUCAUUACAUAUCGCUCAGCUUCUCCAGCCAUCCAUACUACCUAUAGCUCUAGUCAGACCUGAUGUGCUACAUCUAACACUCACCGAGAUCCCAAAUGCUCAAAUUAUCCCAAUUUACUUCAACAUUAGCAAUUGUGAUGAUAUCAGAAAAGAAAAUUCCACAAUAUACGAGGAAGGAAUACUCACUCCAGAAGAAAAUACUCCAAUUUAUGAGCUCUACACAGAAUAUAUCGCCUCUUUGAGGUUGCAAAUCCAAUUAUCAGCGGACUAUAACAGCUCAGAUCUAGAAUGCCCAUUUGUUUUGGUGGUUUUUGACGAUGUUAAAGAAUAUGAAUCUUUUUUGCACAAUGGAUCUUGGACGUUCACCUAUAUGGAGUACUGCAUCAAAACUGACAAUUUCUCAAUCAGUAUCAUACUUGCAGCAAAUAGCUAUUAUUUUUUUGGUGUCCAUUUUGAAGCCAUCUCUCAUAUCAUGGGAAACAUAACUUAUCGUAUCAAUGGUUGGAAGGAGGAAAACUCAACUAGCUCGUUCACAAGCCUUUGCUCAAUAACAUCCACAGCUACAACAGCAGCUUGCAAUUACAACUUUGACAGUUUUGUGAACACACCAGAAUUGUGUAUCAUAGGAGUUGUUUCCAAACGAAACGCUAGUGAUGUAGUAAGAAAAGCAGAAAUCCAGUAUUCAUAUUCAUCAUCAUUCUCAUCAAAAAAUUCACUCCCUUUGUGGCUAAUAUUGAUUACGUUAUUUCUUGUGUGGCUUUUAGUCCCGCCAAUCUACAAGAAAUUGAAAACUGGAUCUAACAGAUUGAUGUUGCGUAUUAUUAUUUUUAUUUUUAUUUUAUUUAUUCUAGUUUUCUAUUUAUCUAUAGUUCUUAUUUUAGUCUUAUAAUUAUUAGUCAGUCUCUGUGUACUGCGUAUUGUUGU